AUGGCCGACAGCACCAACCACCACCACCACCUCGGAGGCGCGUCGACGAGCGGCGGCGGAGGCGGAGACGACGGCGGCGGCGGCGGGGGUUGGUCGAGGGAGCAGGCGGAGAGGCUGCUCCCGAUCGCAAACGUGGGGCGGAUAAUGAAACAGAUCCUGCCGCCGAACGCCAAGGUGUCGAAGGAGGCGAAGGAGACGAUGCAGGAGUGCGUGUCGGAGUUCAUCAGCUUCGUCACCAGCGAGGCGUCGGAGAAGUGCCGGAAGGAGCGGCGGAAGACGGUCAACGGCGACGAUGUUUGCUGGGCGAUGGGGUCGCUGGGGUUCGACGACUACGCAGCUCCUCUCCGGCGGUACUUGCAUCGGUAUAGGGAGGUGGAAGGGGAGAGAUCGACGGCUGGGGGAAGUGGCAAUAACAAUCAGGGCGGCGGCGGAGGAGGAGGAGGAGGAGGAGGAGGGCGGCGGUAUGAACAUGAUGAUGAUCCCGCCGGCGGCGGCGGAGGGCCUAGUUCGUUCAAGUUUGAUGGGAUUUGA